GGUGUCCCGGGGGUCAACAACUCAUGAGUCGGGGCGGCGGAUAUAACACUAGAGAUCAUGCAUUUCCGACCAUACACGAGCAGCUCAUUCAAUGAUGAGCUAGACGACGUGGAAUUAAUCAGAGCAGAGAUCUUUCGGUGUCGCGUCGGAGACUCGGCCCCUCGCUUGGACGUCUCAGGGGGGUCAAAAGAGACCGAGAUCAGAUAAGACGUUAUAUUGAACCCUCUUUUCUGGGCAUAGCGGCAGGGCAGGUCAAGAAGGCCAAGACUACCUUGAGAGGACCUCAGCCUCGGAGGGACAAAAAUCAGCGCAUGCGGGCGGCAGCAGCAUCGUAUCGUUUGCGGAUCUUGCUCGCUUCUCUGGCACCUAUUCGGCCUGGACCUGUCUGAGCUUGGACGUCCCGCCGAGCUACAGGACUAUCUAGUCCCGGACCAUCUGCUCAGCUUCCCUUCCACCAAAGUCAUCCUGCUCAACAUGACUCUCCGAUGGACAGCCCUCCUUAUCUGUCUACCCCUCGCCGUCGCGUCCUGUAUAACUAACUCGUCAUCUACAGCUCAGCUGCAAGCUUUGCUGCAGGAAGGAGGAGAGGGCUACAAGCUAGAGCUGUGUCGGAACCAGAUCUACAGUCUUACAGAUGUGCUCAGUUAUACAGCUGCUGGUCAGGAGAUAUCUACCGAGAAAUAUCCCAAAGACGAGUCUCGAGCGACACUCAAAGUCGCGGGGUUCAACGUGACCUGUGCAGUCAAAGCGACAGCAAAUGGUCUCGAUGGGAUAGCAUUACGCAACGUUCAGAUUGACGGAAAUCGCGGUAAUGAACCGAUAUAUACUGCUCCGCAGGCCAACAUCGAAUUCGGAGGUAUGAAUUCUGGCCAACUUAUCGAAUACGUCAGGUCGUACGACCCAAGAGGGUGGUCAUGUAUGCACAUUGCCGAAGGACCAUUCACUUGCCGAGGUGCAACCAUUCAAUACAACGAUAUUGGCCCUUGUGGGUCCGAAGCUUUUCAGCAGUGGGCCGACGGGAUCAGUCUGUCCUGCCAGGAGAGUCUGGUCCAGGGGAACACGAUCGUCGACGCCACGGAUGGAGGUAUCGUCAUCUUUGGAGCGCCAGAUUCUGUCAUCCGCGACAACCUGAUUCAUGUCAAGACUAGAACACUGCUUGGAGGUAUCAACAUGGUCGACGUCCUCCCAUGGCGUCCAGAAGGCAAUUUCUCCAACGUCUUAGUGGAGAACAACCACAUAAGUGGUGGAUUUGCGACUGAUAUCGGAAACGAUACGAUGGGAAUGAAUAAUGCCAGCGCAAUCAUCAAAAUCGGUAUCGGAAUCGGCCCUCAAGUCUGGUGGUCCGAUGGCCGAUAUGGACGGAACCAGACGACCGGGGCUACUAUCCAGGGCAAUCAAUUCUCAGGAGCCUUUGCAUUCGCCAUGGCUAUCUCUGGCGCUCGAGACGAUGUCAUCCGGGACAACUCCUUCGUAGGCAACGUUUCAUUUAUUGGAUCCUACGGUCCGAAUUGCACGGUCGGUGGAGAAACGCCCAAUAGCCCCGUACCUUUAUUGGAAGACCCGUCACUCACGACCAAUUUGGAUAUCUCCGUACCUUCCCCAGCAUCUUCUAUACUCAGUAUGGCACCUGGCUCCGGAGCUUUCCAAACUGGCCGCGCUUUAGGGUUGACGUGUUUCAUGCCUCCCGCUUCCGAUUCCGUUUCGUGGCCGUACGGUGGAGGUCAAGUGAAUGCUCAGCCUACAAAGAGCGGAGGCGCCGGUCUGCUCAUUCAGCCAACAUUGUUUGGGCUCUGCUUCACGGUUGCCGUAGCUGUGCUUUUCACUUCCGUUGGGGGCCGCCUGUAGCAUUGUAUCCUAGACACCUCUUUAUUCUGCGACUACGAACUUCUUCUCAACGCACUCCCCAGCAUCGGUAUCUUCAGCUUCUCCACUAGCAAUCUUAGACUUUCGAGAUUUUGUCAUAGACAUCAUUUGUAGAUUCGCUUUCUGUGAUAUCGCAUAGCACACGUUCGUAAACCAUGCAUCCUUGCCUGUCA